AGUGAAAAAGCAGAAGCCGCGAAAUUGUGUGUUCACCAUCACUGCUCCUUUUCCAGUCUCUAGUUUCCUUCCACACUGUAGCAAAGAAGAAGAAGAAGAACCUCCCUCAUUUUCUUCUCUGCUGCUCACUCACUCUCUUCCUGGUCUGCCCCCGUGAUCAGUUUCUUUCAGCAAUGGCGGUUUCCAUGGACGAGUUCCUGAAGCAGUGCGAGCAGUCCGGCGACUCCGCCUACGCCGCUCUCCGCUCUCUCUUGGAGCGGCUGGAGGAUCCGGCGACGCGCACUCAGUCUCGGGUUUUCCUCUCCGAUCUCUACAAACGCGUCGGCGACUCCGAUCAGUGCCUCAACAAGUACCACUUCCGGAUCCAAGACGUCGUCCUCGAACACGAAGCUGACCAAGGGAGAAAGAAGUUGACGAUGAUGGUUAUCCCUAGCAUAUUCAUUCCUGAGGACUGGUCAUUCACAUUCUAUGAAGGACUUAAUAGACACCCAGAUUCUAUUUUCAAGGACAGGACAGUUGCAGAGCUUGGCUGUGGGAAUGGAUGGAUAUCUAUUGCAAUUGCUGACAAGUGGUUGCCUUCCAAAGUAUAUGGCCUUGAUAUUAAUCCAAGAGCUGUCAAGGUUUCCUGGAUAAACCUAUACUUAAAUGCAUUGGAUGACAAAGGUCAGCCCAUAUAUGACGCAGAAAAGAAAACUUUGCUGGACAGGGUGGAGUUCUAUGAAUCUGAUCUACUAUCUCAUUGUAGAGACAAUGACAUUCAACUUGAACGAAUUGUUGGAUGCAUACCUCAGAUUUUAAAUCCAAAUCCAGAUGCCAUGUCCAAAAUGAUUACGGAGAAUGCGAGUGAAGAUUUCCUGUAUGAUUUAAGCAACUAUUGUGCUCUUCAGGCUGCUGAUACAGACAUUACGGCCUUGGUUGAAAUUGAGAAGAACAGUCCACAUCGUUUUGAGUUCUUCAUGGGGCUUACUGGUGAUCAGCCAAUCUGUGCUCGAACAGCAUGGGCAUAUGGGAAAGCUGGUGGUCGUAUUGCUCAUGCCUUGUCAGUUUAUAGUUGUCAAUUGCGUCAGCCACAGCAGGUGAAGAAAAUUUUCAAGUUUCUUAGAAAUGGUUUCCAGGAUGUAGGUAGUUCUUUGGACUUGUCUUUUGAAGAUGAUGCAGUUGCAGAUGAGAAGAUUCCAUUCCUAGCUUAUCUCGCUGGUGAACUAAAAGAGAACUCAAGUUUUUCGUACGAGCCUCCGGCUGGAAGCUUGAAGUUUCGCAAUUUCAUUGCUGGAUUUAUGAAAACAUACCACCAUAUUCCAUUGAAGUCCGAUAAUGUUGUGAUCUUUCCCUCGAGGUCAGUAGCAAUUGAACAUGUUCUCCGACUUUUCUCACCUCGUCUAGCAGUUGUUGAUGAACACCUGACUCGUCAUCUUCCCCGACAAUGGUUGACAUCGUUAGUAAUUGAGGCUUCUGAAAAAAAUGGAUCAAAAGAUGGGAUUACUGUGAUUGAAGCACCAAGACAGUCGGAUCUAAUGGUGGAACUGAUAACAAAGCUAAGACCACAGGUGGUCAUCACUGGGAUCGCUCAGUUUGAGGCUGUCACUAGUUCAGCAUUUGUACACCUUCUAGAUGUUACCAGACAAAUUGGGUCUCGCCUUUUCUUGGACAUAUCUGACCAGUUUGAGCUAUCAAGCCUUCCAAAUACCAAUGGAGUCCUCAAAUAUCUUGCAGGAAAUGUAUUGCCAUCACAUGCUUCGAUCGUCUGUGGUCUUGUGAAAAACAAGGUUUAUUCAGAUCUAGAAGUCGCAUUUGUGAUCUCCGAAGAAGAGGCCAUCUUUAAGGCCUUGUCCAAAACAGUGGAAGUACUAGAAGGGAUUACUACUCCAAUUAGGCAACAUUACUACGGCUGUCUUUUCCAUGAGCUUCUGGCAUUUCAGCUUGCUGAUCGUCAUCCACUUCCAGAGAGGGAUUCUGGCAAAGCCAAAUCAGCUGAGGUGAUAGGAUUUGCAAGCUCAGCCACCUCCGUUCUUAAUAAUUCUGAAUUGUCAAUUGGUGAGGAAGAGAAGUCAUCAGCCCUAAUUCACAUGGAUGUAGACCAGAGCUUCUUGCCUACUCCAUCAGCUGUCAAGGCCUCAAUCUUUGAAAGUUUCGCAAGACAGAACGUGGGAGAGGGUGAAGUUGAUGUGAACCCUAGCAUCAAACAAUUUGUUCAAAGCAGCUAUGGAUUCCCAACCGGCAGCUCUUCCGAAUUUGUGUAUAGCGACAGCGCACAAGCUAUUUUCACUAAGUUGGUCCUAUGCUGCAAUCAAGAAGGUGGAACCUUGUGCUUCCCAUCUGGCUCGAAUGGGAACUAUAUCUCUUCAGCCAAGUUUCUGAAGGCAAGCAUUGUCACCAUCCCUACCGACUCCGAGGGCUUCAAGCUGACUGACAAGCAACUCAACAAAGUGCUCGACACUGUGAAGAAGCCUUGGGUGUACAUUUGUGGUCCGACUGCAAAUCCAACAGGAUUGAUCUACAGCAAUAAAGAGAUGGAGAGUAUAUUAACCACUUGUGCCAAAUUCGGGGCUCGGGUUAUCAUUGAUACUUCAUUCUCAGGAUUGGAGUUUGAUGGUGAGGCUUGGGGUGGAUGGAACUUGGAGGCCACGUUAUCAAGUCUUGCUUCCUCUAACCCUUCAUUCUGCGUCUCCCUUCUCGGAGGAAUGUCUCUGAAGAUGUUCACUGGUGCACUAAAAUUCGGGUUCCUGAUUCUGAAUCAUCCUGCUUUGGUCGAUGCAUUUUAUAGCUUCCCCGGGUUGAGUAAACCGCAUGCCACCAUGAGGUACGCUGUGAGGAAAUUGCUUGGUCUGAGAGAGCAGAAAGUCGAGGAGCUGACAAAUGCAGUUGCUGCAAAUACCAAAACUCUGAAAUCUAGAGCCCAGCGCUUGAAGGAGACGUUAGUGAAAUCCGGGUGGGAUGUGGUGGAGCCUCAAGGUGGCAUUUCCCUGGUGGCGAAGCCCUCUGCAUAUCUGAACAAGGUGGUGAAGUUCAGCAGCACAUCCGAGUUCAAGGUUGAUGAGUCGAACAUCAGGGAAGCCAUUUUCCGGGGAACAGGACUAUGCAUCAACAGCGCGUCGUGGACAGGUCUCCCUGGCUAUUGCCGCUUCACAACUGCCCUGUCUGAUGAUGAUUUCGAGCGAGCAAUGGAUUGCAUCAAGAGACUCAAGGACGCCCUCAAAGGCUGAAAACAAUGAUGAGGUAUUGCAUUUGCUUGUGGAUGUUUCGAAGUGGAGUGAGUGGUUUGGCUGUCAACUCAUGCAGUUGUGUGAAAUAAAAAGAAUCGAUAAACCGAAUUUCAGAAAUUCGCGCCUAGUCCCGGAUGUUGUAACUUGUUGUAGUCACAGGUGAAACCCAGAGCUCAAAUCAUGUGAUUGAGCUUUCCUACUUCCUCUUGUGGAGCCGUUAAUGAUUUUUAGUAUCAUCAGCCCACAGAUCAUAUCAUACCUGACGUAUUUGUACGGCGCUUAUACUCGAUCUUGCUCGAUUUUCUGUUCUUCCAAGGAGAUGCAGUAGUUGAUCUCAUUUUUUUGGUUUCUGCUAUUCGGUAUGUUCCUUUAGCCCUCUGCAGAAGCAACAUACGUUCGAGAUUAUGCUGAUCCAUGGAUAUCUCGUAUACCUAUGGAACUCGGUGCUUCGAGUUUAUAGUCCUGCCGACGAUCACCUCUUUCCCAUUCGAUCUCGUAGUUCACUCUCUUGCUGUUGUUGAGGAUGCCAACAUUAUGCAUCCUUUGCCUUUCG